GAGGAGACUUGACUGGCUGUAGAGUGGAAAAGGAGUCGGAGAGCAAUUCCAAAACAGCUGUCCGGCAGACGUCCCAGUCGACAGGAGUGCAGCCCCCGAGGCAGAUACAGAAGGCAGGACAGUGUCAGCAAGCCACGGGAGUGGCACAUCAGCCGCUGAGCAAACACAUAGAAAAACACACAUUUCAUCCUGGAGCUGCAGCGUUCAGAAGGACACCAGCCAUAUCUGGAAAAAAUAAAGAUUCCCUCCAUCGUAACGUCUAAGUUCAGUUUCCUGCUCGUAUCUGCCAAGGAUAACUCUGGCAAGUGCUGUUCAUGCUUGCGGGUGGCACAAGGGGAGCACGAAAGAAAGAACAAAUACUCCACCCUGCUAUUCACUCUGGUCCCAGCACCGCCACCCGGCCCCUUGAAAGAAAGUGCCCGUUCAACUUAUCUACAUUGCUGAACAUCGCCACCAGUUCUUGGGGUGAUUUUUCCAGAUCAUUGCCACAAUUGUUUUGGGAUCCUGUCUAUGUGGUGUGUUUCUGAGAAUGUAACUGAAGCCCCACCUCUCUGGAGAAUCCUAACGUCCAGAUCGAACAGAGAAUUUUUUACUUUUUCAUCCUGCACAUCUGAGAUCUCCUCCAUAGAAACAGCCAUGCCAGCAAAAGCACCCAUAUACCUGAAACCAACCAACAGUAAGAAGGGAAAGAAAUGUCGUUUGAGAGAUAUUUUGUCCCCUGACAUGAUCAGCCCACCACUCGGAGACUUUCGCCAUACCAUCCACAUCGGGAGGGGUGGAGAGAGAGAUGCCUUUGGAGACAUGUCGUUCCUUCAAGGGAAGUAUGAGCUUCUACCAGGAAAGGGAGACGUCCACCCUCAGUAUGGCAUCCAGAGUGAGUUUCUGAGAGCAAACAGCACAGGUGAUGCUUCCUUUGCCGAGACCCCCUCUCCUGUACUCAAAAAUGCGAUCUCACUCCCAACUAUUGGUGGCUGCCAGGCCCUCACCCUUCCACUCAUGUCCUCCACUGUUUUCUCCAUGCCACCAGAGCCUUUGGAGGACAUCAUGGGACCUGCAUCUCCUAUGAAAGCUGAGAGCACUGAGGAGGUCGAGAUCCUGCAAAUGGAUGCUCUGUUGCGUUCCAUGGACGUCUUCAGCAGCGAGCCCCCAUCCCCCUUCACAGACAUCCAGUCGAAACCUGAUGUGCUUUUAGAUUUGCUGGAAAACACAGAUAAGUCCACCUCUAAGGCAGUUGGCAAAGCUAAUAAAUUAAACAAGAGCGAAAGCAAAUUUGACAAGCCAACAUCCUAUUAUAUCAGCGCCCACACUGACAGCAUCUAUAAAGCUAACGGAAGUCUGAACAGCAACACGAGCAGCGACAGCUUUGAUAGCUACAGCAGCAAAGGCGACUUCCAGAGCAAGAUCUACAAUGGCAGCGGGAAUCUCAACGGUAACUGCAACGGUUAUGGACACUUUAAUGGCAUUACUCUGGGGUUUAAGCAGGAGCUCUCCAAACACAAUGGAGAGUGGGUGGACAGGGACAGUGGGAUGGAGGAGGGCCGCAUCUGUGAUUUUGAGUUUGAGCUUUCCAAAGAGAAGAGUACGUCCCGGGAUUCCCUCGCCCAGAUCACGGGGUCAUUCCUCUCUCUCGAACUUGAUCUGGGCCCAUCCAUCCUGGAUGAUGUACUCAACAUAAUGGAUAAACCCGCAGCGAAGAGCAGGCCUUAAGCUGUGCUGAGGCCCACAAGAUGAGAAAGGGAUUUAUUAAGAUAUUGCCAAGGAGGGGAGAAAGACUCAAAAAAUAAUCAAAAUGGUGUCUGGUUAUAUCAUUGAGAUGAAAAAUCAGCUACAAUAGAUGAAGCUGCUUAUGUUUUUAUUGUCAAAACUUAUAACUAUUCUAGCUUCUAUGGAGUGAUGAUGAUUCUUCUUUGUUUUGUUUGCUAAGCCAGCAGCAUGUUUAAAGUGCAUGAGCUCUUUGAGUUACAGCUAAAACACAGCCAUCGUGCCUUUGAUUUUCAAUUACUGUAAAAAUGCUAUGGUAGAUCUGCGUUCUUAUGUUGACCUUCACUGUAUAAACACAAUAUCUUGGAGUUCUUUUGCUUUUUUUUUACAGUCCUUAAAGUCAGACUCUGUUAACAGAUAGCAUUUUGUGAGUUUGAGUGUGUUUAACAAAGCACUUUUUUGUUUGUCACAUGGUUCGUUGACAGCAGAACACUAUGCAUAUUUGUGUUUUUAUAGAUGUAACACAAAUAAAUUCAUUUUUCCUAA